GCUUAAGAUAAAAUUGCACUACGGUAAGUAUGGCCGAGGGGCAGCAGGGAUGGACAGCCUUCCUGUUGUUCAUCUGUGUGUCCAUCACCGUGGGCUCCGUUGUCCCCAUCGGCUAUGCGUUUGGCGUGGUAAAUGCUCCGUCAGCGUUCAUCAGAUCGUGGAUAAUGGAAUCGGCGUUAGCCCGGUACUCAUCACGUCUGGGCGAUUCCCAGAUGACUGUAAUGAUGUCGGCCGUGGUCUCCAUAUUCCUCAUCGGUGGGAUGUUGGGCGCUUCCUUCGCUCCGAUAUUUAGUGACCGACUAGGUCGACGAGGAAUUCUGACGCUCAGCGGAUUGCUAACGCUGGUGUCCUGCAUCUGCCAGCUGUUCUGCCGGAUGGCCAACUCCAUCGAGAUGCUGCUGCUGGGACGGCUAAUCGGAGGACUGGCAGCCGCUCUGAUCUAUGCCACGCAGCCCAUGUACCUGGUGGAGUUGGCUCCGGCAGAGCUGAGUGGCAGCGUGGGUGUCUUCACUAGCAUUGGGAUCACCGGGGGCAUUGUGUUGGGUCAGGUCUUCAGCUUUGACUUCGUCCUGGGGACGGACAAGCUGUGGACCUACGCCCUGGCUGGCUCAGGGAUAUUCGUGGUGGUCGGACUGGCGCCCAUCUUCUGGUUCCCCGAGAGUCCGCGCUUCCUGAUGUCCCAGGGCAAGAAGGAGAAGGCCAGGGUGGCUCUCAUGCGACUGCGAAGGGAUGAGGGACGUGUGACCGCUGAAAUGGCGGAGUACGAGGCCACGUCUGGGGUGGUUGAUCAGAAGGUCACCACGAAGGAAGUGCUGUGCAAUAAGAAGCUCAAGAUGCCCUUGAUCAUCGUGAGCUCCUUCCACUUCGUGCAGCAGAUGAGCGGCAUCAACGCGAUCUGGUUCUACUCGGUUAAUAUUUUCACCCAAUCUGGAUUCACUCUAACUGUGGCUCUGUGGCUCAACUUUGCCUUGGGGCUCGAGAACUUUCUGUUCGCCCUCUUGGGACCCGUGCUGAUGAGGAGGUUCAACAGACGCCCCAUGAUGAUCCUCUCCUGCUUUUUUUGUGCCAUCUUCUUGACCCUCCUCGUCGUUGGUCUAGAACUUAUGUUAUCCAUCCAUGAGUUCUCAUACGCCUGCAUUGCUUUCCUGUCGCUGUACAUAUUAGCUUUUAACGUGGGUCUGGCGUCUAUUCCCUUUUUCAUUGGUUCAGAGAUUUUUAAGCCAGCGCCGCGUCCUUCUGCGAUGGCAUUUGGAAGUUUUUUCAACUGGCUUUCCAACUUCCUUCUCGGCAUGAUCUUUCCUGUACUAAAUUCGGCGAUUGGACCAUUCGUUUUCCUCUUGUGCGCCGGGUUCUGCGUCUACGGAUUGCUGCUCACCUAUCGUUAUUUACCGGAGACAAGAAACCGCGAUCCAAAGGAAGUGGCGCCGCUGAUGGAGAACGGCUUUAAGUCCAAGAUAAAGUAG